UUUUUAUUUAUAUGGUCUACGACAAGAAGUUUGGUGGUGACUUGAGAGAAUCAUGAAAUCUACAACUUGUGGAUGAGAAUUCCAGUUUUAUCACUUACUCUCUUCUUCGUCUCACACACAAUUAAGGGCACACUCUGAAGGAAGGCAAACAAGAACUAGUCAGUUUCUUUGUUUUAGACAACAAGAAUCUGUGAACUAACACAAAAACAUUGAAAGAAUGAUCUUAACAAUGAAACUUGUUCACCCUCUCCAUCACUCUUUGUCUUCCUCCAUUCCCUUUCCCUCAAGAAAAAGGCAAUCCAAACCGUACCGGUGCUCGUUACCUUCUCCCGGCUGCGAAAAGGUCAUCAGAACAGAGACUGUCCUGCCUCCGGCGCCGGUGAGUUGUGAAGGGAGAAGGGUCUUACUUGGAUGUCUUCUCGCUACAGCUUCUGGGAUUUUGUCAACUGGUUCAGCCGAGGCAGUAAGCACCAGUAGAAGAGCUCUACGUGCAUCCAAGUUACCGGAAAGCGAUUUCACGACUCUCCCCAAUGGUCUCAAGUACUAUGAUAUAAAGGUUGGCAAUGGAGCAGAGGCUGUGAAAGGAUCUCGGGUCGCAGUUCACUAUGUUGCAAAAUGGAAAGGGAUAACGUUCAUGACAAGUCGACAAGGACUUGGUGUUGGAGGUGGAACGCCUUAUGGGUUUGACGUUGGUCAAUCAGAGAGAGGCAAUGUUCUGAAAGGACUUGAUCUUGGUGUUGAAGGGAUGCGUGUAGGCGGUCAGAGAUUGGUGAUUGUUCCUCCCGAGCUGGCUUACGGGAAGAAAGGAGUGCAAGAGAUUCCUCCAAACGCUACGAUAGAGCUUGACAUUGAGCUGUUAUCAAUCAAGCAGAGUCCUUUCGGGACGCCAGUGAAGAUAGUUGAAGGCUAAAAGGACUAAUGAAGCCAACAUUGUACCAAGAUUUUCUGUGUACAUUCAGUAAAAAACUAUAAAAUUGAUCAAAGCUAUGGAAGAUUCAACUGUAUGAGAAGAAUCUGUUUAAUGGAUUAUACCGGCUAGUCCGGUUUUGUAACCGCUUUAUAACUGUGUCUCAUCACUCAAUUCAUACACUUUUGGCCGUUUUGCAAAACAUUGAAUCAAUUC